CCACGAGCUUUUCUUUUAUCCUGCAUCAAACGCUCUCUUUUCUGGCUGCCGGCAGUCCGAAAAUCGUUAUGCAUGGAAGUCGGUGCCGCUGCGCAGCCGCCGAGAAAGUGCCGAAAAAUCCAGGACUCGAGGAGGAUCAGCAGGAUCAUCAGGAUAGCAACUCCUGAGGGAUCGGCGAUCGAUCGACUUCCAAAAACUGCCCUCAAGACAUUCAACCUGCUCUUCCCCUGCCACCAAAAUCAUGUAUUCGGCGGUCCGUACCCACGACUACGACUAUCCCGAAUCGGAAAUGGACGAGCGGGAGAGCCUGUACUUCGACACCAUAUCGCUGGCGGAUUCGGAGGCUGCGGCUGCGGCGGCCCAUCGCAAAUCGAUCUCGCAGUCGCGCAACACUAUCUACCAUUCGGCGGUCGAUUUGGCAGGCGAUGAGUCGAGAUCCAGAGCUGCCGAGCAUGCGGCUUUGGCCUGGCAACCGGGCUACCGCCAAUCGACGGCUUUGGAGCACCUCAAUGGAAUCGGAAUCGGCGGAGGUGGUGAUCAUACGGAUGCCGCUAUAGCCGCUCAGAUGAUAGCACUGCAAAAUGGACGAAACCAUCUGCCCACUGGCAUCGGUGUAACCGAAGGAAAUGGAGCACAAGGAGGAGGUGGUGACGAUGAGGUCUCUAGACGUCUGUUAAGAAGUAGUAGCAACAUUUCUAAUAAAGAUAAGAAAUUGCCAAUAACAUACUCCCAGUGGAAAUCAAGGACCUACAGACGCUUCGACGAUGGCAAACGCAGCGUUGACUUUGUGCUGGCCUACAAUGGCGAAACGCAGUCGGAGGAGCAUCGUCGCAAGUGCGAGAUCUUCGAGGCGAAUUUGCAGCGCGAGGGUUUGCAGCUGGAGCACAACAAGGUGCAGCGGGUGCACUUCAUUAAGAUCCAUGCGCCGGCGGAGGUGCUAUACCGAUAUGCGGAGAUACUGAAGAUUAAGGUGCCGCUGAAGCCGAUUCCCGGCCAGGAGCAAAUCUUUGCCGAGUCGGCGCACGAGUUUAAGACCUGCUUGAGCCGCCUGUGUCGCAGUCUGUUUAGCUCCGUGCAGCUCAAUACGGAACUCUUCCCCGAGCGCGAACCGCGCAUCCAUCUCGAGUUCGCCCGCAACUAUCUGGAGCUCUACGACACGGAGCAUCCGAACUUCCUCGAUGCCGGCACCCGCUACUCCAUCAUCAACUUUAUACUGCAGCGCCAGCACUUCGUCGAGGGCGAGGAGACGGCCGACAAUCUGGGCAUCGAGAAGCUCGUCCAGGAUGGCGUCUAUACCUGCGCCUAUACGUUGCACGAUAAAGACGAUCGAGAUCGUCUGCUCAAGGAGUGGGCCAACAUAUCCAAGUGGAAGAACCUGCAGCCACUGGACCAAAUCAAAGACUACUUCGGAGCCAAGGUGGCCCUGUACUUUGCCUGGCUGGGAUUCUACACGCAAAUGCUGAUACCCAUCAGCGUUUUCGGAGUGCUCUGCUUCCUGUACGGCUUCGUCACGUGGUCCAGCGAUCCGAUUAGCCGCGAUAUUUGCAACGACAACGGGACGAUAAUGUGUCCGCAGUGCGACCGAAGCUGCGACUACUGGCGGCUGAACGAGACGUGCACGAGUUCGAAGUUCAACUAUCUGAUAGACAACAACAUGACGGUGGUCUUUGCCUUUUCGAUGGCCAUCUGGGCUGUGGUCUAUCUGGAGUUCUGGAAGCGCUACUCGGCGGGCCUGGUGCAUCGCUGGGGACUGACUGGCUUCACGCAUCACGUCGAGCAUCCGCGUCCGCAAUACCUGGCCAAAAUAUCGCGCUCCAGGCGGCUGGCAGGGAAGGCGUACGAAGAGGAUGAACAGACUGGUAAGCGAACCGCCCUGGAUCCAGAUGUGCCCUUCUGGAGCAUCAAGUUCCUGCCCAACUUUACUAGUUACAGCAUCAUGGUAUUGUUUAUUUGCAUAUCAGUCAUUGCGAUAGCGGGCAUUAUCAUCUAUAGAAUGGCUCAGCGCGCCUCGCACAGCAUUCUGGGCAGCGAGAAUUCGAUGACCUUCAAGGUCAUGAUUCUGCCCAUGACGGCGGGCGUGAUUGACUUGAUUGUCAUCUCGCUGCUGGACAUGGUGUACUCCAGUUUGGCCGUGAAGCUAACCAACUACGAGUACUGCCGCACCCAGACGGAGUACGACGAGAGCCUAACAAUCAAAAACUAUGUGUUCCAGUUUGUCAACUACUACUCCUCGCUCUUCUACAUUGCCUUCCUCAAGGGCAAGUUUGUCGGCUAUCCGGCGAAAUAUAAUCGCGUUCUGGGCUUUCGCCAGGAGGAAUGCAAUCCCGGCGGCUGCCUCAUGGAGCUCUGCAUGCAGCUGGUGAUCAUCAUGGCCGGCAAGCAGGCAGUGAAUGCGAUAGUCGAGAUGCUUAUACCCUAUCUAAUGCGCACCUUCAAGGAGCUAAGCUAUCGGCACGGCUGGUACAAGAGCCACCAGGAUCAAAGGCUGGUGCCCUACAACCAGUUCACCGAGGACUAUAAUCUACUGCCCGCCGAGAACAAUUCGCUCUACGUGGAAUACCUCGAAAUGGUUGUGCAAUUCGGCUUUAUUACCCUGUUCAGCUUGGCCUUCCCGUUGGCCCCGCUUUUGGCCCUGCUGAACAAUGUGAUUGAGGUGCGUCUGGACGCCAUCAAAAUGCUGCGCUUCCUGCGACGACCGGUGGGAAUGCGAGCACGCGACAUUGGCGUUUGGCACAGCAUCAUGACCGUCGUCACCCGCAUAGCCGUUGCCUCGAGUGCAAUGAUAAUCGCAUUUAGCACGAACCUCAUACCGAAAAUCGUGUAUGCCGCCUCCAUGGGCGAUCCCGAGUUGAACAACUACCUUAAUUUCACGCUGGCCGUGUUCAACACCAAGGAUUUCCAGGUGCAGCCCCUGCUGGGCGGCAGUCAGCAUGUGAACGAGACGGUGUGCCGCUACACAGAGUUCCGAAACUCGCCAGAGGAUCCGCAUCCCUACAAGCGUCCCAUGAUCUAUUGGAAAAUACUGACGGGUCGGCUGGCCUUCAUCGUCAUCUACCAGAACAUCAUUACCAUGCUGCAAGGCAUUCUGCGCUGGGCCGUGCCGGAUGUCUCGGGACGCCUGCUGAAGCGCAUCAAGCGAGAGAAUUUCCUGCUGCGGGAGCACAUCAUCGAGUAUGAGAAGCAGCACGCCAUGAAGAUGGCCCACAAGGAGGUGCAGGAGGUGCCACAAAAGUCGGAGAACGGCCUGCGAAGGCGCGACGAGGCCACCUCCUUUGUAUAAUCCUUGAUCAUUCCUUGGUUUCUCCAGUAGUUAGCUGAACUUUUGUAUAUACCGAUUGUUGUGCUUCGUACU